AUGUCCGAACAAGUCAGCCAGGUCACCGAUACAAAUAUUACCGAUGAAGCCCAGAAAAUUGACUAUAGCGAAUACAGCUGGAGUAUCGCAUCCGAAGUUACAGCACGAUUACAAGGCACACCCUAUGCCAAAAUAUGGCGGACCAGUAUGGAGAAAUUCGCAGUCACUAGAUCGAUCUUCGAUACACAAAGAGAACUUGAAGAAUUGGUUGCCAACGCACCACUUCCGUCGGAUUUGCUCAAGUCCAAGAUUGAACCUUUCCUGAUUAUGCCUACCAAAAUGGAGAUUUUCAGAGAGGAUCUAAAGAAGCUAUUGGGACCAGAAAGAGAAAAUUGGUUCUGGAAAAUCUACAAUGGAUUUCCAGGAAAUAAAGGAGCUAACACAAAAGAGAGUAAUGCAACAAGACAAGAAUUGCUUGAGUUAUUAGGAGAGCACGAGGAACUUCUCGGAGUAUUCAAGAGUACUUGGCCAGCUGGAAACUGGGAAGUUCGCUUUAUACCGAGUGGAAGUUAUGGUGAUGGAUUGUAG